AUGUGGGAGGAACGAUCCGUCUUGAAGCAAGAGCAAAUAGCUACAUGUCUGGAAUACUUGGACUCCGGAGGUAUUUUGGUUGUCUUUCAACCCAUCAUCCCUCCUUAUCCUCUGAGUUACGUGGGGAAUGGCAUAGUAAAACGCGGUCUGGAUGUCAUAUCCCAAAUCAUCGGCCGAGGCGAGUUCUAUGACAUAUCAGACUUUGAUAUCCCAGAGCCACUGAUUCCUCUUGUAUUGCGCUCCCAAAAUAAGCUAGAACGACUCCUGAAGAGAGGGGUCAGUUUUCAAGCGGAACUUGAGUUUUACCCAUCAUGGCCCGAAGGGCUCGGCACACUGCUCCAGGCAGGGUACGAGCCAGACAAAGAAACUAUGGGGCGGGCUCUUAAUUCAGGUACCGCUGCCGUCCGGGUGUUGAAGGACACGGGAAAGCUGUAUCCUGAGCUAUGUAUUCCUUUUUUGGCGGAAUGUCCAUACCCCACUGCGAGGGAGAUAGUUGUCCAAGAGCUAGCCGAGGAACGAAAGCAGCUAUGGAACACUGCAUUGACUCAUUUACCCAUGGAGACACUCUUACAGCUCAACAUUCGGCCAGAUACUGUUUUGGGUUUCAACGCUGCCCAGGUUCAUUGCCUACUAGAAACUCACGGCGUCAACACUAAUCAUAUCGGAAGCAGAGAAGGCUGGCUUAUCUACAGAGCGGCUAAAUUGAAUACAGAGCUUGCAAAUCAGAUGUGGGACCACGGCUUUCGAGACGUGGAUGAAAAGGACGACAUGGGCAUGACUGCUUUGAUGAAACUUCAAUCAUUCCUCGACUUCGGCAAAGGCCCGCCGGCUCUCAAGCUUUUAGAAAUGGCGUCUUGGCUUAUCAAAAAAGGAGCCGAUGGCAGGCUUUGUCCGAAGAUAUGCGACUACUCGGCCUUGCAUUUUGUGGCUGCCUCUUUGGCUGAAUCCCUGGGUUCUUGGGGUUGGGUUGCUACACAAUCAGAGACCAUUGAGAAUUUGUUGGCAAAAAUGAAUCCCCUUUCCCAAUUACCAUCGAGCCUGGAAGCUGUGCUGCAUUCAAUACUGCUAGAUGACUCUCGGGAUUCAUGCAGCUGCUAUUGCUCCCCAACUGGAUGCACUCCUCUCGCGGUAUUCCUCGGUGCACUAACCAAGGGCCGUAAUGACAUUUACUAUGUCAAAGGGAUAGCCAAAGUCAUUCUCCCAUCCAUUUUUGCGUCAUUGCCCUCGAAGUCACCUGAAUCCUUUGAGGAAAGAGUAAUUCCACAGGCACUUCGAUUGAUUACAUUCGAGGCAUUGGAAAUCAGUCAUACAUGCGCACAUCCGACAUAUCAAUGGUCCAUUUUGGGGUCAUCAGACGACAGUGGUAUAACUGCCCAUCCUGCAGUUCCAUAUGCUCAGAGACUGGUUUUCCAACCAUUUGAACCGGAAGAGGUCAAAGAAAUCCACGAAGAGGAGGCAGCCCUGAUUGAAGAACUCGAAUCUCUUGUUAUGGAAUUUAUUUCCGACUACAAGAGGCUAUGCCUACCCUUUGAAGUAUUCAUACAAGAGCACUGGUGGGUCCGGAUGCAGGAGGUCCUUGACAGACAGGAACCACCGACUGAAGAGCAGAUAGAUCAAAUUCAAGGAAUUGGCGUUGUUUUGGAAAGCCAGAGCGAGGAAGGCCUUGAUUCAGAGACCGAUGAUUAUCUUAAAUGA